CGUGCGUGUGACGUCAGUGCGUCAGCUGGUUUAUGUUUACUUCGCAUCAUUUUUUUCGCAGUCAAGUUAGACCUUAUUGUGCCCGGAUCCAAAUACACGACAAACGCGUUAAUGUAAUCGAUGGACAUUGCUGGUUUGCAUGACACAACCGCUGAGGUCCGAGAUCACAGGACUGUGACAGGCACACCUCGGUACGGUCCUUAGAAGCUCUCCUGCUGUCAUCAUGGGUGGAGCCGUGAGCGCGGGUGAGGAUAACGAUGAGCUGAUUGACAACCUGAAGGAGGCCCAUUACAUCCGCUCAGAUCUGGUGGAGAGGGCCUUCAGAGCCAUUGACAGAGCUGACUAUUAUCUGGAGGAGUACCGUGACAAUGCGUAUAAAGACCUGGCCUGGAGGCAUGGAAACCUCCAUCUGUCUGCUCCUUGUAUCUACUCGGAGGUGAUGGAGGCCUUGGACCUGCAGCCAGGGCUGUCUUUUCUCAAUCUGGGCAGUGGGACAGGUUAUCUCAGCACCAUGGUGGGCCUUAUACUGGGUCCGUUUGGUGUGAAUCACGGUGUGGAACUGCAUGCGGAUGUGGUUGAUUAUGCAUAUGAGAAACUUGACCACUUUAUCAAAACCAGUGACAGCUUUGACAAGUUUGAGUUCUGUGAGCCGACGUUUGUGGUGGGGAACUGUCUGGAGAUCCCUCCGGAGAGCCGGCAGUAUGACAGGGUGUACUGUGGAGCAGGAGUUCAGAAAGAGUACGAGAACUACAUGAAGAACCUGCUAAAGAUUGGCGGGAUCUUAGUCCUCCCCCUGGAGGAGAAGUUGACCAAGAUCACCCGCACAGGUCAGAGCUCCUGGGAGAACAAGAAAAUCAUCGCUGUGACCUUUGCCCCGCUCGUCCAGCCCAAACAGAAUGUCAAUGGCAGACCUAGGAGUGUUCCUCUACCCAUUUUUGAGGUGCGGACAUUGCAGGACCUGUCCCGGAUUGCUAUUCGCCACACUCUGCGGCAGCCCAUAGCUAUGGGGGAAGGACACACAAAGAGACGGGUGUCUUUCCCAGGGGCCCGUGCCAUGCAACGCUACGGGCCCCGCUUCGAACGCCGCCGCUUCUGCCGCCGUUUCUACCGCCAGUGUGUCAACUCCGUGGUUCUCCACGACUCCAUGAUUCCCACAGCCAUGGACGACUGCAACUACCCCGGUGGAGUGGAAGAGGAAGACGAGGAAGUGGAGGAGGAAGAGGAAAGGGGUUGUCGCCGAGUGAGAGAAGACCUGCCCGAGGAGGACGAGGAAGGAUGUGGCACCGAAGAGGAGAAAAGCAGAAUUGGCUGCGCUCGUGCAGAGCCUCCCGUUAAUAUUCUGAGGGAGAAGAUUCUAAGACUCCCGCUACCUGAACCCCUGAAGAUGUAUCUGCUGUAUUACAGGGAGAAAUGAGAUGUGGCGAGGGAUAAUACGUGCAGUGUAGCACGUGAUGAAAUGCCUUUCUCUUCUUUCUCCUCCUCUCACCUGGAUUGGCAUGACAAUUAAGUCCUCAGUUAAUGACAUCAUGAUAUCCAUAUCCCUUUGAGAAGCAAAGCUCCUUGAUUGGGGAUGUACAGAGAUGGAACAGAAGGACUGAGCUCAUUUCCCGAAUAAUCAACGUCGCCCGAGCUCAUGCAGCUCUUUUUGAAUUCAGUCUUCCCCUCGAUUGAGAUGAUCAAAGUGUACGAUACGAUACAUUGUCCCUGUGGGAAAUGCUUGUUGCUGUGAGCUCUUUUAGAGUAGCGCCACUUUGGGAAGUGGCAUAGUUUGACUCUUUCAUAGCUUUAAGGUGCGGUCACAUUUUCCCUAGUUUGGUGAAAUUCAGUCAUUUCAAUAGGAUUCUGUGCGACUGGGAGUUUCGCGCAAGAAUGGAAAAGUUCCUCACGAAGAUUUCGCUCAAGCGAAUUCCCCACAACCUAAAGUGAGCUGCUUGGUUUGAAGCGGUCGCUCUCGUGAGAAAAGUUUCUCGUGCAGAUUCCAUGUCAAAGCUGGUUACGCGAGUUUGCCAUGUUCACUUAAAAAACUGCUUUGUUUGAAAGUGACUUCUGUUCUGACAAUGGACUGUCUUUGCGAAAUUUUGCUAAUUGCUAACCUUUACACGAGACCCUAAAGUUGGCCCUCCACUGUUGAACUCUUUACCUUGCCUCUACUGUGUUCUCCAAAAUAAUGAAUAACGUCUGCAUGUGUACUGCCAUAGUGCAGCUGCAUUUUGUCAAUAUUGGAUAAUAAUAUUGUCAGUAUUAUCAUGUAAAUUUGAUAACUGUUGCUGGUAGCAUUGUAACUUUAUUCCACGCUCGUAUGAUGGCAGACAUUGUUCUUGCACACAAUAUUACUUGUCAUUGUGUCAUAUUGCAAGCUUUACAAAUAAUACUGUAAAAGUUGUGUGAAAAUAAUGAGAAACAUCUUUAGUAAAAUUCUGUUUAUUGGUAAUCCACAAAAAUUCAAGGUGUAUGAAGCACUUGGGUAUUUUUUACGAAUUCCAAUCGUUUUGCUAAGAUUCUUUGCCCCUGCUCAGGAAUACUUUAGAAAAACGUAUACUUUUUAACUCCUUCAUAGAACAAAAAGACCAAAAUGUUAGGACCAUUCAAUUUUUUGACCAAAAAUGUUGAAAAUGAUCUGUUUUUUUUAUAUCCCAGUGGUGGUAAAACGACCUCUGUACAGGAAAACUAUUCUAAGCAUACAAUGGUGGGAUCUGGUAAUUCUAUGAUCCCAGGUUCGAUUUCUACAUUUCUUCAGGAGCAUUGUUCUUUAGUUCUCCUUGAUGAGACCAAUGCUUCGGAGGCCCAUAAAAUUCAGGAUAUUAUUACAAAAAUGUCUUUACUCAUCUGACGUACAAGCAUAUCUACCAGGUUUUGCUUGAAAUGAUUGUGUGUUUGUAGGUGACAGAAUCUUUAAUAAAGUUUAAGUUUGCACACUGGA